AUGGAUCUUCAAUCACUUGCGAAUUUGUUCGCGACAACUUACAAUCCUGAUCCUAAUGUACAGAAGACCGGCGAACUCCAAAUACGCAAGAUCGGUGCACAGGAGGGCAUGCUUACUGCCCUUUUGCAGAUCAUCGCAUCUGACGGCGUUGAAUUAGCCACUCGCCAAGCUUGUAGUGUUUACCUCAAGAAUCGCGUCCGUACCUCCUACAUCCUUCCACCAAAUCCGCGCCCAGACCACGUCCCAAUUGCUCAAUCAGACCGCACCGCACUAAAAGCCAACAUUCUUCCCCUUCUUUCUGCUAGUCCAAGCCGUUCCGUCACCGUCCAGGUCGCAGCGACCCUCAAGGACCUUGUGGCAAAUGACUUCCCCGAUCGCUGGCCAUCUCUUUUGGAUGACGUGAAAAGGCUCUUGGGAAGCGGGGACGUGAGAGAAGUAGGAGCGGGUGUCGUAGCCGCCCUCGAAUGCGUUAGAGCGUUCAGAUUCCGCCAGAAAGCCGACGUCCUGCCAGGCAUUAUUACCACACUCUUCCCUACGCUCGUCACUAUCGCUGAUGGCAUGCUCAAUACCUCCCCAUCCCAACCUGCGUCCCAGGAGAUCCCUGCCAUGCUGCACCUCAUUCUCAAGACGUACAAAACUGCAAUUAUUGUCAACCUUUCACCACACCAGCAGAGCCAAGAAUCACUCGUUCCCUGGGGGAGACUCUUGUUCCGCGUCGUAGAGAUGAUUGUCCCCGUGGAAGGCGUUCCAACUAACGAGGAAGAUCGGGAGAGAUGUGAAUGGUGGAAAGCCAAGAAAUGGGCGUAUGGAAUCCUUGGUCGACUGUUUCAUCGCUUCGGCAAUCCCUCUCAGCUCCCAUCACCGAUGCAGAAGGAGUAUGGCGUAUUUGCACAGAACUUCGUGACUGCCUUCGCUCCCGAAAUCUUCAAGGUGUACCUCCACCAAGUCGAGCUAUAUGUUUCAGGACAGGCGUGGUUGGGCAAGAAAUGCCAAUACCAAAUCUUCCAGUUUUUCACUGAAUGUAUCAAGCCGAAGUCGACGUGGAUACUCCUGAAGCCCCAUGUCGACAACCUCGUGGCUAACUUUGCAUUCCCCCAGCUCACUUUCAAUGCAUCCAAACAAGCUAUGUGGGAGGCAGAUCCCGUAGAAUACGUCCGUGCUAGUGUCGACGAGUACGAGAACUUCUCGUCCCCCGUAAGUGGCGCCACCUCGUUCCUUCUCUCCCUCGCAAGCAACCGCACAAAAACGUCCUUCCUCCCGAUGCUCCAAUUCAUUAACACGGUAUUGCGCUCCAAUCCCACGCCGGCUCAGCGCUUCGGCGCCCUUACGAUGAUGUCAGUCCUUGGCCCCUUCAUCGUCCGCCAUCCCGAUGUCAAGGGAAGCAUCGAGCAGUUCAUGGUGCAGUACGUUCUGCCCGAGUUCACAUCGCAGGAGCCGUACUUGCGGAGUGUCGCAUGUGAGGUGCUUGGUGUAGUGACCAAGGCCGGUAUCGCAUGGGUUACCGAAGAGAACUUGAACAACCACUCCCGUGCUGUGGCGUUGGCUCUGGAUGAUCAGGAACUCCCGGUACGUGUGCAAGCUGCGUUGGCCAUCACUGAGCUAGUUGUCAUCCACGAUUCUGUCAGGGACGCCGUCUCUCCGCAAGUAGGCAAGGUCGUGCAAGAUCUCCUCAAGCUCUCCGAUGAGACGGACCUCGAUAUCCUGAAUCACAGCAUGGAAGCUAUGGUGGACCGGUUCCAAAACGAGCUUAUGCCCGUGGCUUCGCAGCUCACUGCACGCCUGUGCGAGUCUUACUUACGCCUUGCAAGAGAGGGUCUAGCACAGCAGAACGAAACACUCCCGGACGGCAUCGAUGUGGAAUCACUCGUGUCAGAUGGCGACGACGAUAAAGUAUAUGGCGCUAUGGGGGUCGCCAAAACUAUUGGAACCGUGGUUUCAUGCAUUGACUCGUCGCCCGAGAUUCUGUCGCAGGUGCAGGAGGUGAUUAUACCCAUCAUCCGGUUCACCCUUGAGAAUAAGUUGAUCGAUCUGUUUGAUAAUAUGUAUGACCUCGUAGAUGCCCUUACCUUCCGUCUUCACGCAAUAUCACCGAACAUGUGGCCAGUGUUCGAGUUGACUUAUGACCUCUUCAAGAGCGAUGCUGUUGAUUUCCUUGAUGAAAUGCUCCCCUCGCUGGACAACUUCGUGUCGUAUGGUACCGAUGUGCUGAAAGCACGCCCUGACUAUAGGUUGAAGGUGUUGGAUAUGUACCGCACAGCUAUGACAAGCCCACAGCUGGGUGAUAACGACAAGAUUAACGGAUGCAAGCUGGCAGAGUCGAUGCUUCUUAACUUGCACGGCCAUGUGGACGAUCAACUCCAAGAUAUCGUCACCAUCGCUGCAGAACACAUCGACGAAGGCGAGACUGCCUCAUUCCGCCUUGCCAAUCUCGAGAUUCUGGUCAACACCGUCCUCUACAACGCCUCUGCGGCGCUUCAUUUCAUGGAGGCCUACAAGCCAGGAUUCUCACGCACGUUUUUCGAGCGCUGGUUCGCAGCAAUCAACAGCGACAAUAAGCUCCCACGCGUGCACGACAAGAAACUGAGCAUUUUGGCGCUGUGUAAGUUAUUGGAGAUGGAGGCUGGCACGAUUCCAGAAGGAUUGAGGGAUGGAUGGCCUGGGAUUGUGGGCGGCGCUUUGAAUAUUUUCAAGGGGCUGCCUCAGGCUGUUGCGAAGCGCAAGGUGUUGGAAGAUCAGCUGGUUGAAGGGGACGAUGAUGAAGAUGAGGACGACACUAAAUAUCUCAAUCUUGAGGGAGACGAAGAUGAGGAUGUAUGGGAUGAAGAUUCCGCGUAUCUCGAGAUCCUAGCGAAGGAGGGUGCUCGCCUAAGAGAAAAAUCUGAGAAAGCAGAAACAGGAGACGACGAGUCAGAUAUAUCAGAGGAAUCAGAGAUCGAGGAAGAACUAGGGUUUUUCAGUCCGCUCGACAACAUCAACCCAUACGUCACCUUCAAGGAAGCAUUACAGACAUUCCAGAAUCAAAACAGUGCUCUAUACCAGGCAGCGACGACGAUGCUCACGGUUGAGCGGCAGACUGUGCUUAUGGAGGUGGUGACGGUGGCGAACCAGGGUGAUCAGAGUUAA